AUGAUUGCAGCAUCCAGUCUCUCCGGGGACACCCUGAUAGCGUGCCACUUCCCUGUGGUUCAGCUUCCCACUUGGCAACUUAAUGUCCAAGCCCUGUGCAGCUCGGCCAAGAGACCCGGCCGGCUGUGCUCAGUAGGCCUCACCCGAGCCGUGUCCCUCCCAGAACAGGACUCGCUGAACCAAGAGAGUUCCUUCGCCGGUGGCCGCAGACAUUUUUCCAGCAGCUACGGUAGUCUCAUUGAGGACCGAGCGGAAGAGGAGGGAGGCAGUGACAGCAGCGGGAGGUACGACUCCAACUCAUCACCGGAAGAGACGAGUUCCCAUCUGAAGAAGGAAAGCUCUGGAGCUAGAGACAGUCUGCGGUCACACAACUCAUUCCUUGCUAAUAAAGAGCUAGACGAGGAUGAGGAAGAGGAAGAUAGUGAUGGAGAUAAUCUACACAGAUAUCACGAGGACUCAUCUUUUGUCUUGCAUGGGAAUUCCAACUGGCCUCGAAGUAAUGGUGCCACAAAUCAUACAAUGUCCCAUGGAGACAUGGACAGUGAGUGGGGCAAUGAAGGGACCAUGUUGGGUACUAAGAGUGACCAAGAUUGGCUCUCUAACCAGCCUCACCUGCUGGAUUCUCUGCAAACGGAAUGCCAAUGCUUUCAUUUGAGCAGAUCUGGCAUCACAGUGACGGCUUAUGGAGAGCAGGACUCAGACAGACUGAAGGAUAAAGUGUCCUGCUGCAUCCACAGCCAACACAAAUGUUCCCCAGAGCUGUUUUCCAACAUUCACACAGAGUAUGUCAGCGACUCUUCCUGUAACAGCUCUGAUGGCGUCUUGGUAAACUUCUGCACUAUUUAUAACAGGAGCAACAACCCUGCCACGCCCAAUGACCUUAGCAGUCCUGCAGUUCACCCCUAUCAAUCAUCUGAGGGAUCUGUGUUCCUCAACCUCCAACCCGUUCCUCAGACUCCAGCUGAGAACCUCCAACAUGACGACAUGACAGUUAACUCUCCCUCUAAAGAGGAGGUUGACAUGACGCCUCCUGCUUCCUGCUGGUCACCACAGGGCCUGGACUCUAACUGCAAUCUUUAUUCCCUGGAGCCGCUGCCCCCGGGUCUCUCCUCGCUGGAGGUAUCAGACCUGGCCGCCUGUCUCCAAAGUCAGGCCACACUGGCCAUGGAGACCAACCAGAAGUACUACAAGCUUGUGACCUGUGACCUCUCCUCCCAGUCGCCCAGUCCAGCCUGGUCCAGCCUCACCAGCUGCCCCGAGGGUCAGAGCAGAAGUAGCCCCUUCCCUCCCUCUGAGCACCUCUUUGUCGAUCAUAAGAACGAGGGACAAGACAAAGGAGUCAAAAAGGAUCAGCAAAAAGAAAAGAGGUUCUCCUCCGCACAAUACAGUGCUGGGUUUGACUGCUCUCAGUUUCAGACCUAUGAUUAUCAAGUUGCCACCACCUCCACUGAGAGAACCCUCUGCAAGAAGAAACAUAUGGACAGCAUCAAAACCCUCUCCCCCUCACCCUGUUUGCUGUGCCCCAGCCAGUGUAGCCCACAUAGCGGUAAAAGCCAAGGCACGAGCACUGCGUCCACACAGCCAUCUGUGAAUAAUCAGCACCAGGAGCACUGUCAUACCGAUGCUACUGAGAAGGGAGCAUGUUCUCUGGAAAAUGCAGGGGUGCGCUACACUAAGGCCCAGAGACCAACCUCACUGCCCAUCCAGCCCUUUGUUCUGGCCCCCACAGGCAAACCACAGACCCAGCACUUGGGCUGUCUUCUGGAGCAAUACAUAAAUCAGAAGAGCAGCAAGUCUGGUAGUUCCCAACCAGGCCUGAAGUUCAAGGUCAAAAGCAGUCAAUGCUUUUCUGAUCUUGAGCCAUCCCAAAUGGCCAACCACUGCCCCAUCUUCCUGGAGGCUCCUUCGAGCUCUGACACCUGCUCCACCUGCACGCCGAGUCCAGAGUGUUCAGCCAGCCGCAGACGCACAUGGAGCCAGUCCAGCAGAGGCCAAGGACGCCCAAGUCCAUCUGUAUCAAAAAACAACCUGGAUAAUACUCACAUCGGUCCAAAGCCAAGACUUUUUCAAGAUAUAACAAGCCCAUACUCAGGCAAAACUCAGAAUACUUUUUCUAAUCUGUUUUCAGCCCCAAAUCAGACCAACCUUGUUAAAAUUCCCACCUACCAAGACCUUAUUAACCUGACUCCUGAGGAGAGCCAAGCUAACACUGAGCCCGAAAGUCCCUAUCAGUCCCAGACCCACACCUCCUAUGAUCCAAUAUUCUCUCAUACCCAUACACCACCUACUUUACUCCUAACCACUGACGCCUAUCACCCAAACCUGCAGGUGUCCCUGUCUCCUCCCACAACCGUACAACCAGAAAAAAAGUUCCCUCAGUACCGGGCUGCACCUGCAGCUGACUCUGGCUUUUUUCACGGUAGUUUCACAGCUGCCUUCUCUUCAGUAGCUCCUCUCUCCUCUUUGGGUUGCCUGCUUUCCCUGGCUACUUCUGGGCUGCAAAUCCAGGACUCUGCUGGGCUCAAUGGGAAGCCGAGUCAGAGUCAACACAGUGAAUCUCUGAUCCUGAGUGACAGGCCGCCCACAGAGUUCUGCCUCUCACCCGAUACAUCUUAUGAGUCCAUGUCUAUCAGCCAUCUUCAGAGGAGAGGUUUGCUGAGGUCAGUGAGCAGGGCGGUGGAUUUGAUCAUGGCUCAUUUUGGCAGCAGCAGAAACCCUGAAGAAAAGAUGCGUCUGGGUAACAGCUCUCGCAGUCCCACGAUAGCCGGUCUAGUUCUGGAACAUUUGUGUCCAGCGAUCCAGAAUAUUUUAGAGGACGGUCUCAGGGAUCACAAACUGGACCUCGUCAUCGGGCAGCGACGCAACAACUCUUGGAGUGUGGUGGAGGUCUCUACUAGGAUCGGUCCAUCCACCAGGGUCCUUCACAGCCUGGUCUGCAAAAUUAGGCAAUGUCCCCAGCUCACCAGCCACUGCAUGAGACUGAGAGCCUUCAUUAUGGGUCUGCUUAACUUGAGAGCUUUGGAAUUCUGGCUCAGUCACCUUCAGGGUCUAAAAGAUGUGGUGACAACAUACUACCAUUCUUGGGGGUUCCUGUCCAUGUCACUGGGUCAGUGUCAGCCAUUGUUUCAAGAGCUGCUACUUCUUCUGCAGCCCCUCGCUGUGCUGCCCUUUGACCUCAACUUGCUCUUGGAGCCCCGACUGUUACGUAACAGACAGCUGUGUUCUGAGGAGCAGGGAAUUUCUCCUCCUCCGCCGUGCUCAGCCCUCCUAGUGACCAGCUGGCCGCUACUGCAAGCUGACAAAAAGGUAGACAGCAGCGACCGCAGUCAGCGAACUAAGAUUUCUCAUCAGACAGGUCUGCUUCACCAAGAGUCUCUACGUUCUCAGAAUUGCGUCCGGCCGGAUUGUGGAGGGAAGCAGGCCAACAGGAGUCCAUUGUUAGCUCCUAUUCCAGAGUGGUGGCCGAAAGAGCCUUACCUUAUGGAUGGUGUGGUUGAAGGGGAGGACUGUAGACAGAAUUAUGCAGAUACUUGGUCUCAAAUAAGUAUGGACAGCAAGCAAGAAGGGAGGAGGGGAGAGAAAUACUAUGAGACACCGAUUGCAUCCACUUGUGUCCAGGCCCAGAGUCCAUGUCAGGGUGGGCUGCGCUGGGCCAAACUGUUUGGAGCAGCUGAUACUUCCAGCAGGACAGUUUCUCCGAGUGGAGCACAAACCAGAAGGUACAGGAGACCAUCACAUUGGCUGAAUUUUGACAGAUCACAGCUCGGACUGUUGGCUCAAUCCAUCAGGUCAAUGAAGCUAGGAGGAGCUCAGACUUACAAGGACUGCUGA